AUGUCGAUGAACGAAAAUGACCAUUUGUUAAGCAAUCAUGAAACCUCAGACGAGUCCCACGCUAACCAUGCUUCGGCCGAGAAUGGCACGCGCGAGCAAGAUACCAGCUCAAUAAACUCAGAGACAAUGUUGGAGAGACAAGUCGAGGCAAACAAGAAGAAACCAUGGCUCGUGAGGCCGAGUGUAUACGGGGUCAUUUUCGUGGUUGGGGUAUUGACGAUGAGCAUUUCGAUGACUGACCCCACGCGUCAAAUCGUCUUGUUUAAGCUCGCUGCAAAUACCGUCACGGAGGAGCGCGAGGCAGCAGCGCUGGCGUCCAACUUGGUGUUAUCCUCCUCAAGAGAUGAAGAUGCAGCUGUGCAGAGUUUAGUUGCUACGUACAACCAAUUCCUUCUUGUUGGCUUGACUGUGAUAUCUUUGCCCAUGACGGCGAAAUAUGGAGAGCUCUCGAAUAUUUAUGGAAGAAAACCAUUCUUUACCGCGUUGGUGGUGACCUCGUUGGUGUCGCGUGUAUUGCAAUAUUACUUAUACCAGUUUGAUACGUUGCAUUUCAAAUCGUUGCUACUUGCCAACUACGUCCAGUCGCUAACUGGUGGCACGAAUAUUAUCUCGGCGUUGGCUAAUUCCUACGUGAGUGACAUCACGCUUCCUUCAAAGAGGACAUUUGCAUUUGGUCUUGCUAGCUCGGCGACGUUUGUUGGACAGUCUUUUGGUCCGCCCUUGGGGACGCUUUUGACUGAUUUUGCUAAACGAACCUCAAGUGGGGAGCAAAUGUUGGAAAAACUCCAGCACAUAACGUAUAGCGAAUGGUUUAUUUUGAGAAGCGAGGUCUUUAUUCAAGUUUUGUUGUUGAUUUACAUUGUGACCAUCUUUUCGGAAUCUCGCAACGAGGAAGCCAGAGAAAAGGCCGAGGAGGCCAUAUUUGAGGACCAUCAACUGCUGAACAAUAACAACAGCAGCACCGUUUUCGAAGGAGUUAAAUCAAAAAAAGCAGUGGUUGCACUUCGGGAGAUUCUUCUGUUUUUUGACAUUUUCAAGCCUUUGCGGUUGUUGACCUAUCCGUACUCCGUGGCGAGGGCAAGCUCUAAACACCGCUAUGUGCAGCUACGGUAUGCGGUGACUGGACUACUUGCAGUCUCAGUUCUAUACCAGGGCUUGAUUUUCGCCUUGAACAACUUGGUCAUGCAGUAUGGCAUUUUCAAGUUUAGCUGGACUGCCGAUGACCUCGCAUACUUGCUCACAAUCAUCUCCGUGUCACGAGCAUUUUCGCUAAUUGUGCUAUUGCCCUUUUUGGAAAAGACGGUGAUGAAGAAAAUCUUUAAAUUGCGAGCUUUAAACCUUCAGUUUGAUAUGAUCGAGUACUUGCUAUUGAUCAUCUGUUUGGGGAUUGGAUUUGUUCUGUUUGUCGCAUUCUAUGUGGUAAAAUCAACGCGAGCCUUUUUCACUGCCGUUGCAUUUUUCUCAAUCGAUGCAAUCAUUGGUCCCACGAUGGACAGCACGUUGUUGAAAUUCUACCCCAGCUCCAAAAGCGCGCUGUUGUUCUCAGCCAAUAUUUUACUACUCAACUUGGUUUGCAUUGUCACUUCGCCGGGAAUUUUGGGCAUCUACAAGGCGGCAUUAAGCUUCGGCGACGCUGCGUCGCCGUUCUUGUUGUACGCACUCGCGAUGAUCUUGUUUAUGAUGGCCGUGUAUGCUUGCAAGAGGGCGUUAAACCUUACCAGCUCGACGACAGACCAAAAACUAAGACAAACGGGCCAACAAAGUGACCAGGAAAGCUGA